UUGGUGGGCGGUGAGCAGAGUAGUAGGGGCCGGGCUGCUGGGAGGUGGGCGGGGUUCCGUGCCUGCCCUGCUUGCUAGCGCAGUGGCUGCUGGCUCUGUCCGCCCCAGCCCGUCCACAGAGGGGCGCGGGCGCCGUGCUGGCGCUGGACUUAGGAGCUCCGGAGCCCGAAGCGCACGCCUAGCCGCGUGGGCGGCGAUGAGCGCCGAGGGAUCGCAGUCCCUGGCCGCCCCCCGCGGGCGUCCUAGUCACCUACUGGUGCCCGCGCGGACCAAAACAGCUCUGGCCUUGUUGUAUGACGAGGGGUUGGAAAAUGCCUAUGACGUCCGCCUGAAGCUGACAAAAGAGGUGCUGACUAUUCAAAAGCAAGAUGUCGUCUGCAUCGGGGGAGCUCCUCCUGGUGCUAAUAACUGUUACACUUCGCAGACAACCUGUGGGUGGCCUGGGCCUAAGUAUCAAGGGAGGAGCAGAGCAUGGGGUCCCCGUCGUCAUAUCUAAAAUAUUCAAAGACCAAGCAGCUGACCAGACAGAGAUGUUGUUCAUAGGAGAUGCUGUACUACAGGUUAAUGGCAUUAAUGUAGAAAACGCAACCCAUGAAGAAGUGGUGCAUCUUCUGAGAAACGCUGGCGAUGACGUCACCAUCACUGUUGAGUAUCUCAGGGAAGCACCCUCAUUUCUGAAGCUGCCAUUAGGGUCCCCAGGGCCAUCCAGUGACCAUAGCAGCAGGGCCUCAUCGCCUCUCUUUGACAGUGGCCUGCACCUGAAUGGACACUGCAGCCACACAGCUCCAUCAUCACCUUCCUCACCCAUAGCUAAUGAACCAAAGUAUGAGAAGCGUUGGCUAGACACCUUGUCAGUCCCUCUGUCUAUGGCUCGGAUCUCCAGAUACAAAGCUGGAACAGAAAAGCUCAGGUCCAGUGCAUUGGAGGUGCUGGCCCUGGAUGGAGCCAGCACAGGAGUCCUUCAAUUCUCCACUGCCCAGGACUGUGCUGACUGGUUGCGUUCAAUCUCAACCAACAUCAGUGACCUGACGCUUCAACAUAUGAAAAUGGCAAAUAAAUGCUGUUCUCCCUGUGACCAGGUGGUGCACAUGGGAUGGGUAAAUGAGAGGCUCCAAGGAGCUGACAACUCUCAGAACUUCAGACCCAAGUUCUUGGCCCUGAGGGGUUCAUCAUUCUACAUUUUUGGCGCUCCUCCGGUAAGCACACUGGACUGGGGACGAGCAGAACGUGCCUAUAACCUCUGUGAGGUGCUGUUUAAAGUUCACAAGUUCUGGCUUUCAGAUAACUAUUGGCUGCAGGCAAACCUGUAUCUUGGUCUCCAAGAUUUUGACUGUGAAGACCCCAGGUCAUACUGCUUCAGCGUCCUGGCCAACCAUGGGAAGAGCCACAUCUUCAGUGUAGAGCUGGGCAGUGAGCUGGCCGUGUGGGAGAAGGCAUUCCAAAGAGCAACUUUCAUGGAAGUUCAGAGAACCGGGUCCAAAACAUAUCUGUGCAGCUGGCAAGGGGAGACGCUGUGCUUCACGGUGGAUUUUGCUCUGGGAUUCACCUGCUUUGACGGUAAGACAAAGAACGUACUCUGGAGAUUCAAGUUCUCUCAGCUUAAGGGAUCCUCAGAUGAUGGGAAGACUCGAGUAAAGCUGCUGUUUCAGAAUCUGGACACCAAGCAGAUUGAAACGAAGGUUGUUACAUUGCUCAUGAAGAGGAACCAAGGACAGCUGAAUGACCUCGGCUGCAGGAAGAGUAGAGACAGGGACACAAUACCCCUCAGGAGCAGUGCUUGGUUCCAAUGUUCCUCAGAGUCAUUUUAUGAAAUAACAGAUUCUACAAGCAGAGCCAGCUGGGCCCAGUUUCCAUCUAUGUUUUUGAAUGUGAGUGUACGCUCGUUAUUCACUGCCCCUGGAGAUGAGUGAAGGCUGAAGAUGUGGGUUCAAAGACAGAGCUCACGUUAGUGAUAGAAUGAAAGGUGAAUUGGAGCACGGUGUUUUUAAAGGGGGGAAACAGAAGCACAAGGAUGGGUAUGCCCCCCUAAAAGGAGAGAUGAAAGCAAUCCUCCGUCCUCGCUGGGACAGGAAGAAAAGCCAGGAGGUUGCACUGGGUAGCCCUGCAGAGGUUGAUGAUUCUCCAAGUGGCAAAGCCCAGAGUGGUAUGAGCCAGUGCCAGCUUUGUGCAUUUGUAAAUUAUUUGUUCACCAGAGUAACCUGAAGGUAUCUUUCCAAGGCAUCACUAUCAAUAUUUCACCCCUCGACAUUAAAUUAAAAAUGAGGGAAAUUCUAUACUGUCCUUCAAGAUAUUGACCUCGGUUGAAUAAAAUGUGUAGGGUUAUUUAUCUUCGUCAGAACAUGGAAAUUUCCGAAUGAAAUAUUUACUAGCACAGGAAAAAAAAAAAGCGAAACCACACAGACUUUCUUCAUUCCCAGCUUCUUUUGCUCUCGGUAUGUGUGUGAGAUACCCUGGAGCCAGUGCAAAUUACAAAAACUGUAUUAGUUAAAACAGCUUUGCCAAAGGUUCUCGUUCAUCUUAGAAUAUGCGGAAACACCCAACGUGACAGAAUCAAGGUUACUUGGAGAAGUCAUGUUUGUCUUAAAAAAAAAAAA